CUUCACCCCGCCUGCUCUUCUCUGCAGUAACUGGGGCCUGUAGGCGCUCUAUAGACGUAUCUGCGCGACUGCACUUCACUUGUAGAUAUACUACCGCUCCUACUAAUUACUAACCGCGCAGUCUGAGGCCACAUAAUCAACAUUCAAACUCUACUUCAACCAGUCUGUCAUAUCACGCUCCGCUGCGAAUCUAUGGACAUCGCCACACAAGUGCAUCAUGACAAGAGUACAUCCUGCGCGCCCGACACACGCGCCACGGCGCAGCAUCACGCUUGAGCAGUCGCGAGCUGCGCUGAAGAAGAAGAAGCCGUACAAGAUCGUGCUAGAAGCCGUCACGCAAGAGAAGAAGAAGCUUCACUCGAUCCUGACAUAUGCCUCAAAUGCACCCACAGGGUUUGGCUUUAUUCCUGCCGGACACCCGGACUUCACAGAAUGGUGCAAAGAGCAGUGCCGACAGCGCAACCUUGACGUGCACAUUGUUUCGGCGAAACCGAAGAAUAAGAUGCAUACAGACCCCGAGAAGUUGUCGCACCACGUCCACCGAGUUGGGCAUCAUUUCCCCCUCGAAAUCAUCCAGCUGGCAUGCAGCAAGUUUGGCUACACAUAUGAUGAAGCGCAUGGCCUUCGAAAGGCCAGAGCCCGCGACAGGACAAAUUGGAUUGCUCAACGUGUGGAGGACUAUUCGUCGCGGCAGCUUCUUCAUGGACGUCCUACUACGGAGAAAGAAACCAAGGACUAUAUUCACGGUGCUGUUCGGGAGAUGUUCCCCAAAAUUCCCGAAGCAGACUUGUCGUCCAUUGUCAACCAUGCGUUCCAAGAGGGAACGAACAGGGUAGGUAAUGCGAAAGAACUCUCGUUGGCUCGUAGAGUUCAACUUGCUGUCGUCGCUCAUAUCCGCCAUACUUAUACAGACUAUGACAAGCUCCUCAAAUCUGGUGGUUGGAUGGAAGCCAGGUCGAAAGUGGAGCAUGUCUCCCUUGCCAAGCUCAAAGAGUGGCGAGACGAGGCCGGCGAGCAGAGCAAUGAAGUCGAGGAGACUUUCCGCGAGGUCAUUGUUCUUGACGAUGACGAUGAUGUGUCUAGCGACGAUGGUUCGCUUUCCACUCCUGAUGAACGUGAACAGAGCAUGGAGAUCGUGUCUAGUCGUGCCACUGCACGAGACUUACAGCCCGAGCGCUAUGCUGACUAUCCACGCAUCGAUGUUCAUAAUAGGAGACAAGUACCAAGAAGAACCAUUGUUGUUCAGCCUUAUACCCCGGCCCCCCGGCCUACCACUUUGUCUGGAACCUCACAUAGUCGCCCUGUCCUACAACAGUCUUAUCGGCCGGCUCGCCAAUUCAUACCCAAUCCCGAGUCACGUCCGCCGUCGCUGGGUGAGGCAUUCCAACUCGCUCAUAGUAGGCCAGUGGAUUCGCGAACGAGACCCGCAGCAUCUCAGGCUGGUCCGAGAAGCGCGCCCGUCAUGAUGGAUGGGCGACUAUAUCACCUCCAACCCAUUGGUGAUUCUCGUGGUCGUCCAAGGGUAGAGUAUGAUUCUCCGCGCCGCGUCGCUCCACAGCGCGCGCCAGAAGGAUAUGUACAACCCCAAUCUCGACUCAGUCCUUUUGACAGGCCACCAGCACACACCAGACGUCCUUCAGAACAGGAUGUUGUUCUUCCUUCUGUUGAGCGUGAGACUGUCGAUCUGACCUCACCACGACAUGCUGCAGAGAGUCAAUGGCCUUUCCAAGACCAAAAUACUCCAUCCAGAGCAUGUCCUGAGUUGCACUCUUCCAAACGGAAAGCUUUUCCUACUUUCUCAGACAAUAGAGAAGCUCCAUUUGAUCAGAACAGCAAGCGACUGAGACCGGUGUAUCGCGAGGAUGAGGUGUAUUCCCGCGCAACCACCUACCAAGGCGGCCCGCCUCAACCGCUCUCAUAUCACUCCAUGGAUACGCGCAAUCGUCCCGGGGCACAACUUCCACAACAGGUUAUAGAUCUAACAUCUAGUCCACACCGACCUCCUUCCAGCGGCAGAGGUCCACAUCUGCCUGUCCGGUCAUAUCCGAUUGACCCCAAUGGUUAUACAUACAUCCCUAUGCCAGCUCGCCGAUUGCCUAUGCGCGAGGUGAGAGGUACACAUUAUGAAGUACCCGCUGAGGAGGCGACUCGUGCUUACAUGCCUGAUAAUAGGAUGUAUGAGAGACGCGCUCCACUAGCCCAUGACUACGUUCCUUUGAGAGAUGAGCGACCGCGUAUUGAAGACCAGGAUGCUCGGUAUUUGAGAAACGGAGUGAAAUACGGCGGUUAGUAGUUGCACUGAGUUGGAACAUGACUACGAUCGGAGGAGUUAUUACGGAUUUCUUACGGACGAUACCCUUUUCCUUGUGUUUAUCCUAUCUCGCAUCCUCGAGAACGAUUGUUCUCCUUGGGUCUAGCGUUUCUAGCAUCUUGCUUCACUUCAUAGCGUAGUGGCAUCUUGGGGACUUAGGGAUGGAAUGCCUGGGCGUGGUUUAAACAUGCAUCAAGGCAAACUUGUAUGAAGCAUGGUCAUUGGCUAUUGGCUGAGGAACGGAUAGAUAGCCACGAGUGCACUUCCUUCAACACGAAGAUACAUCAAAGGCGAUGACAUGACGCCUUAUAGAAUACAAUAGACUUGCAUUACACUUG